UUUCCAAUUUUCACUCAUAUCCUUGGUUCCCACCUCUCAAAACUAGAGCUAAAAUUUCUCUUCAGAACUAGAUUAUGUACUGGAUGAGCUAUAGUCUCUAUAGCCCUAAUUUGAAAAUUGCCGAGUGUUAUGUUGAUUUGGGCCGGCUUUAGGAGAAUAGUGGGGGUACUCGCAAGAUCAUAGAUAGAAGGCCGAAGUUUUCCGAAGAGAGUUCUUUACACGGUUCGCUAGCACAUUGAGGAUUCAGCGGAUUCAGUACAUUCAGUCAGAUUGCACUUGUACAGGCUAAGCGUAAGGCUAAGAUGGCAAGUUUGCGAAUUUUUGGGGCGCUGAAAAGAUUUUCACGAAUUAAUCAUGACUGUCUUACACUAUCAGGAUAUCAGUCGUCACUGAGAUUUUUAGCAACUGCUGCAACAAACAAGCACACAAAAUACAAACUCAUCGAUGAUGUGGCUGUUAUCACACUCGAUUCACCAGGUGUCAAGGAGAACACCUUGAAUGCUGAAUUGAUGGAAGAAAUGCGGACUUUGAUGGGAGAAAUAGAGAAUAAUUCUGCUAUUAAAUCUGCGGUGAUAAUAAGUGGAAAACCAAACAGUUUUAUUGCUGGUGCCGAUAUAUCUAUGUUACAGAAUUUAAAGAAUGAAGAGGAAGUUUAUAAGGUGUCAAAAGCUGGCCAUGCAAUUAUUGACAGGAUAGCUGACAGCAAAAAACCUAUUAUUGCUGCUAUCAAAGGCACUUGUCUGGGUGGUGGUUUAGAGGUGGCAUUGGCUUGCCAGUACCGCUUAGCUGUCAAGGACAAAAAGACAGUUAUAGGAUUGCCAGAGGUGAAGCUCGGUCUCCUCCCUGGCGGUGGAGGUACUCAGAGGUUACCUAAACUGAUAGCACUCCCAGACGCCCUCAGUUUAGCUCUUACUGGCUCAAUGCUCAAGGCUGAUAAAGCUAAGAAAUUGGGGAUUAUUGAUUUACUAGUUGAUCAUCUGGGACCCGGUCUUAGCACACCUGAGAACAAUACACUGAGGUACUUAGAAGAGACAGCGAUAAAAGUAGCGAAAGACAUAGCCAAUGGAACACUGAAGAUUGAUCGCUCUCCAAAGUCAUUGACAGGUCAAAUCAUGAAUUGGGCAUUUACAUUAGAUAUAGUAAAGGAACAAAUAUUCAAGAAAUCGAAGGAACAAGUCCUGAAGAUGACGAAUGGUCUGUAUCCUGCACCGCUGAAAAUCUUAGAGGUGAUUCGUGUAGGAGUGGACAAGGGUUCAGCAGCUGGUUAUGAAGCAGAGGCUCGUGGUUUCGCCCAUUUGUCGCAAACUCCCCAAUCAAAAGGCCUCAUUAGUCUAUUCUUCGGUCAGACUGCGUGUAAGAAGAAUCGUUUUGGCACUCCGAAAAAUCAAGUGAAGAAGAUCGCAGUGGUUGGAGCUGGACUGAUGGGCGCAGGUAUAGCAACUGUCAGUGUAGACAAAGGCUAUAGUGUUGUCAUGAAGGACACCACUGACAAUGGACUCUCAAGGGGUGUUGGACAAGUCCAGAAACACUACGCGGGGGCAUUAAAGCGAAAACGCAUUAGCCAGGUAGAGCAGAGUCAAAUAAUGACUAAUCUCAUUCCUACCUUGCAUUACAAUGAUUUCAAAGAUACUGAUGUUGUCAUUGAAGCUGUCUUUGAAGAUCUAGCUGUAAAACAUAAAGUCAUUCAAGAAAUUGAAGCCAAUACCCCAGAGCAUUGUGUUGUUGCCACAAACACAUCAGCCAUUCCAAUCACUAAAAUUGCUGCUGGAAGCAGUCGUCCUGAUAAAGUCAUUGGCAUGCAUUACUUCUCACCAGUAGAGAAAAUGCAACUUCUUGAGAUAAUCACGCAUAAGGGAACAAGUACGGAAUCAAUCAAAACUGCUGUUGAUGUUGGACUGAAACAGGGAAAAAUCGUUAUUAUUGUUGGCGAUGGUCCUGGAUUCUACACGACUAGAAUUCUCAGUACUAUGUUGUCGGAGAUGUUGCGAUUACUUCAGGAGGGGAUUGACCCUACUCGUUUGGAUAAAUUGACGAAGAAAUUUGGAUUUCCUGUUGGAGUUGCAACACUUUCCGAUGAAGUUGGUAUUGAUGUUGGCGCCCAUAUCAGUGCUGAUCUUUCUAAAGCAUUUGGUACCAGGUUCCAAGGUGGCAAUAUUCAGAUUAUGAGUGAAAUGGUCAAAGCUGGAUUUUUGGGUCGAAAAUCAGGCAAAGGAAUUUACGUCUACGAAGCGGGCAGGAAAGAUAGAGAUGUCAAUCUUGGAGCUUUAGAUAUCAUGAAGAAAUACAGCAUAGAACCGAAAGGUAGCAAUGCUGAUGAAGAUAUUCAAUUGAGGAUGGUUACUCGAUUCGUUAACGAGGCUGUGUUGUGCCUUGAAGAAAAUAUUCUGGCUAACCCUCUGGAGGGUGACAUUGGGGCUGUAUUUGGUCUUGGCUUCCCACCAUUCACUGGUGGUCCAUUCAGGUGGGUUGACUGGUAUGGAGCCGGUAAUCUCGUCAGGAAAAUGGAGGAAUACGGUACUCACUACGGAGACGCGUACAAACCCUGUCAAACCCUUUACGCUAUGGCAGGAGAUUCAACAAAAAAGUUCCACGCCAAGUAAACCAGACUGCUGAACAAUUUAUAGACUUUUACAAUUUCGUACAGAAUUUCCAGCAUCCAGUGAAUCCAUGAGGACUACUUAGAAAAUAUUUGCGCUACUUUAUGAAUCAAGGAAAAGACAUUCGGCCUGAAAAUCCACCGUUUUUUCCAUUUAGUAAUCAGUUUAUAUUUUUUAAUUGAAAAUUGAAAAGCCGGCGUAUUACUUAUGGCCGAAUAAUUCCUGGAUGAUAAAACUUAUAGAAUAUCCCACAUUUCAGUCAAUUUUUCUCCCAUUUGUUGAGAAUUAUCGCAUUUUAUAGAGGUUUUAUAUGCAAAACAAAAUGUAAAACGCUUACAUUUUCAUAUUUUCUAUGAAUAUUGAAAUGUUGUUAUGAAUAUAUUUUUGAAAGAAAUGAAGAAAUUGCUCCCAUCCCCAGAAUAAGAACGGAAAAAAUGGUAAUGUAAUAUCAAUUUUCCAUAAAUAGUAAUUUUUCAUUAUUAUUA